CCUGCGGGAUCUCUGUGAAGUGCUGCUGUACCUGUUGCUACCUCCUGGAGAUUUCCACAACAAGAAUAUGAGAUACUUCCUCAGGGAAGUUUUGGCCAGAGGAGUUCUGCUGCCCUUAAUUAACCAGCUGAGUGACCCUGAUUACAUCAACCAGUUCAUCAUCUGGAUGAUUCGUGACUCCAGCUGUAACUACGAGGCCUUCUUGAACAUCUUAAAGCUGACAGACAAGGCGGCCGAGCUGGAGGCCGUCAGAGACAAAGUCCUGGAGGAGCUUCAGUACCUCCGAUCUCUGGACACGGGAGGAGACGAUAUCAACUUCAUAAAGAAUCAAAUCAAUAGUUUGCUCUUUGUGAAGAAAGUCUGUGAAACACGGAUACAACGGCUACAAUCAGGGAAGGAAGUUGACGCAUUGAAACUCGCAGCUAAUUUUGGGAAGCUGUGUGUGAUUCCGUUGGAACAUAUAUUAGUGCACAACAUCGCGCUGCAGUUCUUCAUGGACUACAUGCAGCCCAUGGGCGGCCAGGCGAUCCUGUUCUUCUGGCUGACGGUGGAGGGCUAUCGGGUCACGGCCCAGCAGCAGCUGGAGGUCUUACAGAGCAGCCAGAGAGACGGGAAGAGGCAGAGCAGCCAGACCACCAAAGGCCUGCUGAGAGCCGCUGCGCUCGGCGUCUACGACCAGUACCUGUCAGAGAAGGCCUCUCCUAGGGUGGAGGUGGACGAAGCGUCUGUAACCAGACUGGCUCAGAAACUCAACAAAGAGGAUCCCACACCUGAGAUAUUUGAUGAAAUCCAGAAAAAGGUGUAUGAUAUGAUGUUGCGGGAUGAGAGGUUUUACCCGUCGUUUAAGCAGCACCCGCUGUAUGUGCGGAUGCUGGCCGAGCUGGACAUGCUGAAAGAGCCCAGUUACAUGGGGUCAGACCACGGGGACGGAGAGUCGUUCAACGGGUCUCCAACAGGAAGCAUUAAUUUAUCAUUAGAUGAUCUCAGCAGCGGAAGCGUGGACGAGUCUGCUCAGCUUCAUGCCUUUAUCUCUGAUACGGCUGAUGCUUUUCUAAACCUACUUCCUGUGGCAGGCGUGUGUAACGAUCACGGGAAGACGUACGCCCUCUAUACCCUCACCGUCAUACGCAAGAACUCUGACGGCAGCGAGGACAUCUGGAAGACGUACCGCCGCUACAGCGAUUUCCACGACUUCCACAUGCGCAUCACAGAGCAGUUUGAGAGCCUUGGUCCGAUUCUCAAGCUUCCUGGCAAAAAGACCUUUAACAACAUGGACAGGGAGUUUUUGGAGAAGAGGAAGAAGGACCUGAACGCUUAUUUGCAGCUGCUGUUGAAUCCUGAAAUGGUGAAGGCCUGUCCCAUGCUGAUCCCCUACGUCUAUGACUUCCUGGAGAACAAAGCCUACAGCAAGGGCAAAGGAGACUUCGCACGCAAGAUGGACACGUUUGUGAAUCCUCUCCGGAGCUCCAUGAGGAACGUGUCCAAUGCCGUGAAGUCACUGCCGGACAGCCUGGCCGAGGGAGUGUCCAAAGUCUCAGCGGACAUGGGCCGCAUGUCCGAGAAACUUGGCCAGGAUAUUAAACAGUCCAUAUUUAAGGUGCCUCCUUUAAUCGCAAAGUCUGACAUCGAUCCCGAACACUGCCGCGUCUCGGCCCAGCUGGACGACAAUGUGGAUGAUAAUAUUCCACUGAGGGUGAUGUUGCUGCUGAUGGACGAGGUGUUUGAUCUGAAGGAGAGAAAUCAAUGGCUGCGCAGAAACAUCAAAAACCUCUUACAGCAGCUCAUCAAAGCCACGUAUGGAGACACCAUUAACAGGAAAAUCGUAGAUCACGUCGACUACAUGACCUCGCCUGAGCAAGUGUCUGAUUACGUGAAGAGAUUCAGAGACUCUUACUGGCCAAACGGGAUCCUCGCCGAGACACCGCCCCGCAGAGACAAAAGCUUACGCAUGAGGACACGAGUCGCCGCCAAGACCACACUCCUGGGCAUCAUGCCAGAUGAGUUGAAGCACAUCAUCGGGGCGGAAACCACACGCAAGGGCAUCCUACGCGUCUUUGACAUGUUCCAGCACCAACCGCUGAACCGCCGACUGGCCUGCGUCUUUCUGGAGGGCUUCCUGGAGACCUUGUUUCCUCAGUACAAGUUCCCCGAGCUGUUUGUGAAGCUCCACUCACGCUCGCCGCGCGUGCUCAGAUAUUCACAGAAAUUGCGCAGCUUGCACAAGAGGUGACAGACAGACGCAUCUCCCGCCGACGCAGAGGGGGAGGAGGAGCCAGCGGUCGCCCGCCGCAACAGAGCCGCCCCGAAGGUGACGCGCAUCCCGGCAGCAAACGCUCGAACACACACCUCCCUCUUAGUGGCUGUUCUCGUUUAAAGCACUGUACUGACACGGCUGUAGCAGAGAGGAUUCAUCUUAUCAUCGUGAAGCGUUCGGUCACGUCUGAACCACUACGAAAAACUGCAGCGCCCGAGCACUGAGCCAUCGCUCUUUCUGUUUGCCGUGCAUUUCUGAUCUGAUGUUUUGAAUGACACUGUGUAGAUAUAUACGAUUUAUUUGGUUUAUUUUGGGUUUGUUUUGUAUUUGGCAUUGGUCGCCUCAUCGUCAGUACUGUAUGGUGAAGGAAAUCCGACCGAAGCAACCUAUGCACCUUAACACUCAUUACAAGCAGAACCAUAUGAGUAGGGUCGGCAGCGAUGUUUUAUGAUCGUUUUGUGGCACUGAAACUGAAAUAGGCGUAACGUUAUCCUGCCAACCAAUCGGUUGCAUGAAGUGGGUGGGGUUUAAAACAGGCCACACCCCUCUGUCUUUUGCUUAUAUGUAAUACUUAAGCUAAUCUAAAAUGACUUAAAGGAAUAGUUCAGG